UCCUGAACUAUUCUCUCUUUUUUCCCACUGGUCAUUCUUGUUUUUUUGCACCAGCCAUGAAGUUCCACUCUGCUGUUGUGACUCUGCUCAUCUGCGCAGUCAGCCUCACUUCACAGGUUCCUCUGGAAAAGAGUGAAGAAUACUCUGGCAACAAUGUUGAAGACGAUGAUUUCAGUGUGUCCACGCUGCUAGAGAAGGCCAAUGCUAAUCUUGGAAAGAACCUGAAUGAGCCUCUGGUGCUGUUUGGAGACAUAGCGGUUCCCACAGGUUUUGAGAACGCUGAUCAAUGCACAGCACGCGGCUGCCUGUGGCCAAAAGCCUCCGACGGAAACGUAUACGUGCCAUACCGUAUCUCCAAUGCCUACUCCCAAGGAGAGCGAAACACAAUCGUCCGGGGUCUACGCUCGUUUGCCCGGUCCACCUGCAUCCGAUUCACACCCUUACAGAGCGGAAUGAGGGACUUUGUAGACAUCCAGUCUCGGUCGGGGUGUUACUCAUUUGUUGGGCGUCGGGGAAAUGGUCAGGUAGUCUCUCUGGCGCGCCAGGGUUGUGUUUUCCAAUCGGUCAUCCAACACGAGCUCCUUCACGCCCUGGGCUUCAACCACGAGCAGACACGUUCUGACAGGGAUGAGCAUGUUCGCAUCAUGGUGCAGAAUAUCAUUUCUGGAAUGGAGUUUAACUUCAGGAAGCUCGACACAAGAAACCUGGGCACACCCUAUGACUACAACUCUGUCAUGCACUACGGAAGGUUUGCUUUCUCAAGGAACAGGCAGCCGACCAUUGUUCCCAUCCCCGACCCCAACGCUGUCAUUGGCAGAGCCAAUGAGAUGAGCCCUACCGACAUCCUCCGUGUGAACCGCCUUUACCAGUGCAAUUCAAAUGCCUCCAAACGUGACAGGAAGCCUGUGCAGAAAGAGCAAUAGUAACCAAGAGAAUGGAGAAGAAAGGAAGAGGACAAAUGCAGCUUUAUGAUCAUGAAUUAAAUCUGCGCUUUAACCUGCUUUAAGUCAGAAUGUGAAAUUGUGCUUUUGAAAUGAAUUAAAAAUGAAUGUAAUCACCAUGCAACAAUAUCAUGAAUGUAUUCUUGCCAGAUUAUUAACUGCUAACAAGCCUGAAUGCUGAAACUGAAUAAAUAAGGCAUAUUCGCACCCUCA